GGCCAGGAUAACAAGACCGGCAGCAAUGUUACUAAGUGGAAGCAAUAUGCAUUUUGUUUGUCAUCAUGUUAAGCAAAUAGUACAGUUAUUGUCAAUCGUCCAUGUCUGGAAGGCAAUCAUAUUAAGUGACAUUGGUUCGCGUGAGCGCUCCAAGAAAACCCGAUAAGAAAACGAGUCUUUGACUUUGUCCUCUACUGCAAAAAUGCCGGAUAUACUUCCAAUCUUCGCCUACGGGUAAUGCCUGACCAAGCAAUUUACUGGUUUUACCAGUUUCGAGGAAAAGCUAGAGAGCUUUUGCAAAAUAAAUCAAGAGCAAUUGUGACUGCAUUAAUUCGCAAGAACAACUUGAACUAUUUUGAAGUAAAAUGUUUAAUAUACAUUGAAGGUCGGCUUAACACGUUCUGUCAGGCCGACUCAAGCACCGCAAUAAUCAUCGCGUUCUGGUUAGGUCUCAAGUAAUUACGAAAGCAAUUUUAGUUGGGUCAGGUGGAGAGCAAAAUGAUUAAAAUCAUCACCCGCUCAACAAAGGUAGGUCAUUAUCUCCGUGUGUUGUUCUUGUUCGCCCCUGAUGACAUAUUGUUAAAGCGGCGAUCGCAAGGACUAAGGUCUUCAACAUCACGAGUCAGGGGCAGCGGCGGACCCACAGACUUAAUACUCAUCCGCCCUCGAAUAAGUGUUAUAUAUGGAAUAAAUUCUAAAAAUGACGCCGUGUAUAUUCCUUCUACUCCAAUGAUAAAACCCCGCUUAAUUUAUUGCGCGUGGCUAGCAAGGCAAGAGUCCACUAAGUUCAUGGCCUCGCGUCUUACGGGCGGCCCCGUAC